AUGACGACCGCUCAUAGACCCACGUGGUAUACAGCUCUGGGCGGAGAACAUCAGGGCGGCAACCGCCUUGCACAAGCCACCACCAAGGCUAAUAAUACCUUAGAUCAUCCCAUCGGGGUGCGGUCAGCACGGGAUCAGCCUGGGGAGUUGCGGCUGAAGGUGAGGACUGGCGAUCAGUUGGCGAAGACGAAAGACAGAAAGCAGUUAGCAGCAGAAAUUCAGAAGAAGGAAGCAGCACAAAAAAAUAAAAAGAAGUCUCUCGCAACUCUCGCUGCGUUGCCGGAGGUAGAGAACCCAUUUCCCGAGGACGCAGACGACGUAGACGCUCCAGCAGCAGCAGCAAAUGUGCAGCAAGAAGGAGUCAGCGAUUCGGACAGCAGUGAUGAUGAAGAAGCAGAGCUGCUGAGAGAGCUCGUGAACAAGAGCGAAAAAGAAGAGAAGAGCAGCAAGAGAAGAUGCUGCGGGCGAACCCGUUGCUGCUUGACGGUGGAGGAGACAGCAGCAAACCAGCAGCAGCAGCAGCAGCAGCAGCAGCAGCAGAAGGUGCAGGCGGUGUUGCUCCUUUGA